UUUAUGAUUGGCUUUGGGUAUACGUUGCUCUCCUACAGAUAGAAAUAGAAUUUUCCUCCAAAUCACAACGUCUCCUUCUCCAUUCCCAACAAUAAUCAAGACAGCGUGAAGCCUGAUUUUCUGUAUUUUUUUUCUUUCAUCAUUACUCCGUCUAGAAAACGCCGAGAAAUGUCCCUAAGACCGUCAGCUUCGUCGGAGAAUCUGACGCUGCCGGUAUCGGAUACUCCAAAGGACCAGGAUGGAAAAACGCUUUUCAUGGUUGAUGAGAAGCUCUUUAAAGGUUCUGCUAUGACCAAACGUGGAGCCUACGCUGCUCUAUCCUACAUGUCAUGCGCAGUGCUCUUGGUGAUGUUCAAUAAGGCAGCUCUUUCAUCUUACAACUUCCCGUCCGCAAAUGUCAUCACAUUUCUUCAGAUGGUAUGUUCUUGUUUGUUUUUGUAUAUAUUGAGGAAGUGGAAGAUAAUCUCUUUCACUGCCGGUGAUUCUUUGAUUCCGUAUGACAACUCAACAAAAUUUGUACCAUUGAAGACUUUGAAGCACACCCUUCCUCUAUCAGGGACAUAUUUAUUUUACAUGCUAGUCACCAUGGAGUCUGUUCGUGGAGUAAAUGUUCCGAUGUAUACCACCCUUAGGAGGACAACAGUGGUAUUUACAAUGAUUGUUGAGUAUGUUCUGGUUGCGCAGAGAUAUACAUCGUCUGUCAUUUUCAGUGUUGGCUUGAUUGGCUUUGGUGCUUUUGUUGCGGGAGUGCGAGACUUGUCAUUUGAUGCUUAUGGUUAUUCGGUUGUUUUCAUGGCAAACAUCAGCACAGCAAUAUAUCUUGCCACCAUUGCCCGUGUUGGAAAAACCAGUGGGCUUAAUAGCUUUGGCCUUAUGUGGUGCAACAGUGUCAUAUGUGGACCAGUUUUGCUGAUCUGGACAUUAGUUCAGGGCGACUUGAAGAUGGCAUUCAAUUUUCCUUAUAUUUUUUCUCCAGGUUUUGUGGUUAUUUUGCUUUUUUCCUGCAUACUGGCUUUCUUCUUGAAUUACAGUAUUUUUCUGAACACAACUCUAAAUUCAGCUCUUACUCAGACAAUCUGUGGUAGUCUGAAGGAUCUGUUUACCAUUGGCCUGGGCUGGAUGUUAUUUGGUGGGCUACCAUUUGAUUUUUGGAACGUCGUUGGGCAACUUCUCGGCUUCAUUGGUUCUCUUUUGUAUGCCUACUAUAAGCUGGUGGGCAAAUAGCAUGCUCAUGCACAUAAAAGACGUUUUUUUUUUGGUUCGACAAACGCCAAUUAUUUGCUUCAGGAGUUCUCAGAAGGAGUCGUCAAAAAUGCGAUCAAGCUAUUAAUCUAAAAUAUUUAGGCAAUUUUGCUUAGUGACAAAGGUAGUAUAUGAUUGUGUUCCAACUUUUCUCGAGGAAAUACUAAUUGAGCCAGUACUGCGUUGACCCCAUUGUAUACGAGAUUAAUCCUGUGCAUCCAUAAUUUUUGUAUUAACACUUUCUACCCCUACCAAUUUAUUUCUAUGUUCUGUGCCCA